AUGGCCGAACUGAAGCUUGCCCAUGAAGACAAAAUCAAAGCUUCUCAUCCUAGAUCUCUUUCUCUCAACUUCAAUCGGUUGUUGUGUGGUGGGUUUCCUCAUCUCAGAUCUCUUUCUCAAGUCGGUAAUUGGUUGGUAGGUUUCCUCGAAGAAGGUGCUCUUGUCUGCCCUGAGAUAGGCCAAAUAUUUUCUGUCAAUAAGGGGAUUCCCGAUAUGCUUCUUCAUGGAGACGAGUACCACCACAAGAAGAAGAAGAAGAAGAAGAAGAAGAAGAAAGAAGAAGAAGGUGAAGUAGGAAAAAAAGGACCGGCAGAAGUGGAAUUGCCGGCCGGCCUCCGGCAAGAACUAAUGCCGAAACAUGUGGCCGUGUCUCCGGAUGGCCACAGGAGGUGGGCCCGGAAGAGGGGUUUACCGAUGGACGAGGGUUAUAGGGCCCUUGGACGGGGAAUGGCGGACCUCAUUCGACUCUGUUGCAAAUGGGGAGUUCCAGUCCUCACAUUUUUUGCAUAUUCUACCGAGAAUAUGAGUCGUUCCAAAGAGGAUGUUGACAGUUUUAUGAACUGGUGCGAAAUGUGGAUAAAAUCAGUUGCUAUGGAGAAGUGGAUGAGGAAUAAUGUUCGAUUAUCUGUGAUCGGGGACAAAUCGAUGCUCCCGAAUUCGCUGCAACAAGUGAUAUCUGAAGCAGAGGAGGCUUUAAAGGCAAACACACGACUCCAUUUUAUAAUAGGACUAAGUUAUGGUGGAAGAUAUGACAUACUGCAAGCUUGCAAAAGUGUUGCUAGCAAAGUGAAGGAUGGUCUCAUUCAAUUGGAAGACAUCGACCAGAGCAUAUUUGAACAAGAACUAGAAACCAAGUGUACCAAGUUCCCCAACCCUGAUUUACAUAUACGAACCAGUGGCGAACUUAGACUCAGCAACUUCAUGUUGUGGCAAGUGCACUUCACUGAAUUUUACUUUGCUAACAAAUGUUUCCCUGAUUUUGAGGAAGCAGAUUUUAUAGAGGCCUUGAACUCAUAUCAGAAACGAGACAGACGGUUUGGUGGGAGAUAA